GAGACGAGCCCGGGCAUCGCCUCCCGCCUCCCAGGGCAGCGUCGGGAGGCGGGAGUUCCCGCCCGCGUGUUUCGUCCGGGGAGCGAGGUUCACCUGGGCUGCUUCCAGACAGCCAGCGCGAGGAAGUGGCCCCACUGGGCUGAGGCGACGCGGUUUUGGCGCUAUGAGGGGAGCCAAGCGCAGAAAGGAGAAGGGAAAGGUCGGAGGAGGAGGCGCCCGGACGUGACUGAGCCGCGCCGAGAGAGCCGUGCGGGCGCCUUACGGAGGAGUCCGCCCAGGCAGGGGCCGGGGGGGGCACCGACGGCCCCCUCGGGAAGCGAGCCCGGAGUGGGCGAGAGAUGGACCUACGAGGCUGGCCCUACCUCAUUUGCAGCUGCCUCUUCUGGUCAGUGCAUGGGAUGGUACCAGAACCUCAGAAUGUAAGACUUCAUUCAGUUAUGUUCGACACUGUUCUCCAGUGGGAUCCACCUAAUUUUCACAAAGGAAGCAUGAAUUACACAGUUCAGUAUAAAGUAUAUGGAAAUGGGUUCACUGAUUUAUGCCAAAGAACUGACGUCACAGAGUGCAAUAUUUCAAGUAUCCCUCUACAUGGUAAUUACAUGGUAAGAGUUAGAACUGAAGUUGAGGAGGAACGAUCAAACUGGGUAAACAUCACCUUCACACCAUUCCAAGACACAAUCAUUGGACCACCUGCUGUACAAGCUGAAGCCACAAUACCCGGGGUCUUGAAUGUACAAAUCACAGACCCACUUGUUCCUAGAGAUGGUGGCAAAUAUUCCAUAAAACAUUUUUAUGGCCAGGAUUCCAUGGCUUACAAGAUGCAAAUUUGGAAGAAAGAUUAUGAUGGUGAACAGGUUAGAUAUGUGAAUAUAACAGACUCUUCUAAAACAUUACCUGAUCUGGAUCCUGGGACAACAUAUUGCCUUCGGGCUCAAGUAUUUAUUGUUGACUUAAAUAAAAAUGGAGACUGGAGUAACACUUUAUGUAUCACUACAACUGACAAUGGUAUAAAUACAGUGCAGCUGUCUAUUAUCCUGCUAUCAGUGUUGCCUUUGUUACCUUUAUGUUACUUUAUGAUUUUACAUGUUUAUCGACGGGCCAAAAACAUCUUCUUACCUUCAUAUUAUUUACCACAACAUUUCAUAGAGUUUUUAAGCAAGCCUUUUUACAGUUCUCAGUUUCUUGCAUCUCAGUCACAAGGAGAAGAACAGGCCUAUGACAAGAUAAUUGUCCUUUCAGAGGAGUCAAAAAACGAUAAUGAAUCCGAGGAACAAAUGAGAAAUGAAAAGCAGCUGCUCCAAGGUUCUCAUGAAGAAAUCCUUAGGCCAAAAGAAGUUUCAGAUUUCACGCCUCUGGUACACUCUUAAAAGUGGAAGGGAAAAAAGUGGAAAGUGUGUUUUGAGGACAGUUGGUGGCACUUUCAAAGAAGCAACAUACACCUUGCACAUUACAGAUUUAAAACUGUUAACUUUGUGAACAUUAUCUUUCAAAACUAUAUUUAUUCUGUUAUAAUAUAUUUUUAAAGAAUCUUGUAAAUACAAAUUACUGUAUCUAUUUUAAAGAUUUAUUUUUAUAUAUACUGUAUUGAAGCCUUAAUUUUAGAACAAACUAUCAAUGAAGUAUUAGUUAAGCAAGUUCACUCAUAUCAAAAUUGUGAAGUUCCAAAUCUUUUAUUAGAGUGGAUUUGUGCAUUGUAUAGAAUAGUUCAAAUGCAUUAUGAGAAACAUACUGGGAUUUAUAAAAUGUUGAUGCUCCCAUUGUAUUAUGUUUUCUGAUCCAUAUUUGCUUUAAACUGUGUAUUCAAGAACUCCAUCAUACAUAGGAUCUAGGUAAGAACAUCUGUCCUUGUCAGCAAACUCCUAUGUGCAUCUCACUUGCUGGAUUGGGUAUAAAUCUGAUGUACAUCUUGUAUGGCUGGCAUCUAUCUAUACGGCAUUGUUUUCAAUGCAAAUUGCAUUGCAAGAUGCUUUCCCAACCUCAUUCUGUAAAUCCAAUUGCAUCUUUUAAAGGCACAAAUAGCGUUGGGUUGGGAUUGCAGUCUUCACACCAUGAUCCAGCUAGAUACGUAUGUUCACAGUAGCAUGUUUCCAUAUGUUCUGAAUGUUAGCUAUAUAAUGAACAACAAUUGCACUAAUUUUGCAUGUUUUAGUGUUGUGCAUGCAAAGCCAGGGCCUGAGAGGAGUGAAGGCUGAAGCCACUGUCCACUGUCCUGUCUCACUAUGACCCUGAACAAGAUGAUUUUUUACUAUUGCUGAGUCCUGGAAACAUAGCUCCUGGGCUUGACUUUUCAACCUGGGGAUACCUGUGCAAUGGCUCAGUUUCUCGUAUGUGUAGCUGGAUUUUUUUUGCCAAGACAUGCCUAAAUCCCUCUUCAGUAGAACCUAGGGCUCAUUCACACUUCCGCUUGUCCCACCAGUUUCCCGCUGUUUACUACUGAAUCGGAGCAAAUUGGGUUUUCUCUGGAUUGACAUUUAUUCCGAUCUAGCACAAAAGAGCAGGGUUUUCAGAGAAAAGCAAUGGGGCAGAGGCAAAAUCACUUGGAUCCAUGCCUAGAAAGCACAGGACAAGUGGAAACCCACUCAGACACAUGCUUUCUAUACACGGGAGAAGUGGAGGUGUGGACGAGUCCUUAGUCAUUACGAACUUCCAUUGGAUUCUUUCCAAUACAUGGAAGUAAUCUCCAUUUAUUUAGACUGUAGUACUAUGCACCUGGGAGUAAGCCCCACUGAACUUUGCAGAAUUUACUUCUGAGUGGUUGUGUAGGAGUGCACUUUAUAUGGCAUAGCUGCUUGAUCUUGUUUUUUUUUACUGUUUUAAAUAGUUGUUUUUAGCCUUUUUACUGAUAAUUUUAUUGUUUUAUUCCUUUUGUAAAUAACUUCAAGGUUUUAUUACACCACUUAUAUGCAUCUAAGUGUUCUGAAAUAAAUGCACACUGCUUCAGAGACAAAGCAAUGUUUUACAAAUGUGCACAAGAGGACAUUUAUUUAUUUUAAAAUAUUUGGCAUGUAUUUCAAUUAAUAAUGGUGGUACCUGACCUCCUAUUUUGAUUGAAUAAAUGUAUAGAAGCCUU